GUUCCUCCUCCACCUCCUUCCCCUCCUUCGACCUUUAAGUCAUGAACUCUGUUUUCUCUGUCUUCACUUCGCAUUGCCGGGGAACCGAGCUGAAAGGCGGAGACGACAGAUCAGAGAAAUGUUUUUCCCGUUCCUCCAGAUGAGCCGUGACGACCGACGCGUGAGAAAGCUGUAUGUUUAAGGACAUGUUUUCAUUACCUUUCGGUUUCUGUGAGGUGACUCAGACCAGAUGAAGCCUUGUGUGAGAUGAUCAGGAUGAAGUUCAAACAGAGCUUCAUGUUUUUAAUUUGUCCCAUCAUGGUGCUGAUAUUCUUCUACUAUUCGUCCUGCAGACUGCACUUACGGAUCACAGUCCAGAAAUCUCAGGCUGAUUUGGAUAGGUUACCCUCCGCGGGACGGAAAGUAGCUUCAGAGUACGACAAGCAGGGAUUCUUUACCAAGUUUGACAGAAAACUGCCUCUGGAGCUGCAGUAUAAAUAUGGUAAUCUCAGUAAAGGCGAGUGUAAACCGGGUUACGCAGAAGCCAAGAUGACUUCAAUCUAUCCAAAGUUUUCAAAACCAGCGCCUAUGUUCCUCGAUCCAAAUUUCAAGAGGCUAUCAAAGAUUAGCGGUUACCUGCCUCCAUUUGGAGUAAGAACACAAGAAAGGAUCAUCGAUCAUAUUUUACAAGCUACAAAGAGAUAUUCACUAGGUUCAGAACUGGACAGAUUAAGUUGUAAGAAGUGUAUCAUUAUUGGCAACGGAGGCAUUCUGUUCAACAAGUCCCUGGGCUCCCAAAUCGAUCAGUAUGAUGUUGUCGUACGACUGAACGAGGCUCCAGUCGCCGGGUUCGAGAAGGACGUGGGCUCGAAGACCACCAUGCGUAUCACGUACCCCGAAGGAGCCAUCCAGAGACCGGAGCGCUACGAGAAGAGCUCGCUUUUCGUCUUAUCUGCCUUUAAACUCAUGGACUUCAAAUGGCUGCGUCUCAUGGUGUUCAAAGAAAAACUGCGAAGUUAUGACGGGUUCUGGAAGUCCGUGGCACGUGUCGUUCCCAGAGAGCCAGAAGACAUGCGCAUCCUGAACCCGUAUUUCAUCCAGGAAGCGGCCUUCAGAUUCAUCGGCCUUCCACACAACAAAGGUGUCAUGGGAAAAGGGAAUAUUCCUACAUUGGGGACUGUUGCGAUCACGAUGGCUCUUCAUAACUGUGAUGAGGUGGCGGUGGCCGGAUUCGGAUAUGACAUGAACAAACCUCAUGCACCUCUGCACUACUACGAGAAGCUCAAGAUGUCUGCAAUCAAAGAGUCGUGGACACACAACAUAUCCAAAGAGAAAGAGUUCCUCCGAAAGCUGGUGAAGGGGGGCGUUAUUCAGGACCUUACCAAUGGGAUCUGACGUCACGUCCCCGUCAUGCAGCGGAUAGAUAGUAUUCACCAUAUCACUGGUGACUGGCCUCCCAGCCGAAGGACUCACACUAACGUGAGCCGUCAGACGUCCAGAGAUGUUUGAGCCAAUCGCAUGAUGCAGCCGGAGGAAGUGACCUCACCUCAUAUGCUGGACAGUGUCCAUGGCAGUCUCACCUCAAACAUGGUAAUGCUUUAUUUAAGAUGCCACGUAGAUGAGAAAAAGUCCGUCCCUGUGUGCCACGGCGCCCGACAGAGACUGGAAACGUGCUGCUUUCUCCUGCUUUUUUACUCCAUUGUAUUCAGUAUUUAUUAGACAGUAUUUUAAUCGUCGUUGUUGAGAUGCUUUACUUUUUAAGCUUAGUCAGCUUGAAUGCUUUAUCACUGUUCUCUUCAAUCUCAGGCUAUGCACAACAGCACACAACAAAUGAUUGCCACUGUUGAUUUUCUGCCGCUCUUCUGACGUGUGCCAUUAAACCAAUCAGCAUCAUUUGUUUCCUGCGCCUUGCACAUGUGUAUCCCUCUCUGUGUAUAACCUGAUCGUGAGACCAGCCGGAUUAAAGUAUUAUCAAGACUUCUACAUUCAGUCUGAAAUGGGCUUUUCAUUUGAACUGUCAGUUGAUGUGUAAGGGGAAUUUAAAUGCGCUACAAACAGGCUCGAUGGAGAUGUACAUGAGCGCCACGUUUUUUAAGAUGCUGUGUCAAGUUAAAAGAAUUUAAACUUUUACAUGCAGUGUUGCUCAUCAGUGUCAGUUCCAAAACAGUCGACCAAUCAGAAGACUUUGGAGGCGGGGCAAGUGUUGCAAGCUUUUGUUUACAGUAGCAAGUUGGCUUGGAAACUGGAAAUUGGCUGAUAAGGAAUUCUGCACUGUGCUUUUUUUAAAACCAUUCCUGAGCACCGUGUCUCAUGUUUUAAAUGCAAGAAUGCAUUCGGUGUGAACGGCCCCUAAUAAUGCAUAUGAAUUGUAUGUUAUAGUAGACCUUCAGUGAGUACUGUGUUAGUAGCAAAUGACAUUUCAAGUCAAAAUACUUUAUUCUCUAUGCCAUUGUUGUACCACCUAUAAAAUAAGUAUUUUAAUAAGUAAGUUAAAAUAAUGACAUGUCAAUAAAGUAAAUUUUAUUUCA